AUGACAACAAACGGGAUUCUGCGACCGCUGCUGAGCGGCGCUCUCUGGCGUCAGCAUCAGCAAGCGCUGGACGGCGCGACGUGGGUGUGCGCUGCGGCGGCAGCGACCGCAGCUACGCCGGUGGCGGGCUGGUGGCCCUCACAGUUAGCAGCAGCAGGCGCGUGCGCCCAUCAGCACCAGCAGCAGCGGCACAAGCACACCGUGAAGGUGGUGCUGCUGCAGGACCACCCCAAGCUGGGCGCAGCUGGAGAGGUGGUGUCAGUGAAGGCAGGCUACGCGCGGCACAGCCUGUAUCCCUCGAGAAUCGCAGACUACGCGGUGCCGGGCGUGCUGCGGAAGAUGCGGGAGCAGGGGCUGCUGCGGGGUGAGGGCGAGCAGCCCGCCCGCGGGGCGCCCCGGAGCGCGGCGGCGCAGGGCCUGCUCACCGGCGGGGGCGCCGCUGCGGGCGGCGACAAGGCGGCGCAGGAGCUAUCGCAGAUCCUCCACGUCCUGUCUACACAGAAAGUGGUCACGCGGCGGCGCUACCAGCGGAAGACGGAGGAGCAGGGCAUGAUCAAUUCGGUCGGGAGGCGCACCAUCGCCGCGGCCGUGCGGGACCAGCUGCACAUUCACCUGCCUUGGGACGUGAUCAUGCUGGACGGCCCCAUCACUGAAUACGGGGAAUUCAAGGUGCCCCUGAACCUGGCGGCACCUGACGGCCAGCAGGUGGAGCUGGAGCUGGAGGUCAUCAAGACACGCCGCAUGUGA